AUGAGGCAUCGGAUUGAUCUAUUAAACAGGGUUGAGGAGGAUAUUGAGAAAACUCGCGCCUCAGCAAAUUUCGAAGAAGCAGAUAUAGUCAAAUGGAAAUCCAAGGAAGACACAUACAGACCUCGGUUUAACUCCAAAGCAACUCGGUUACUCAUCAGAGAACCACAGACGAUGUGUACUUGGGCGGAAGAUGUCUGGUUCAAGCACGCCACACCAAAAUACUCUUUCUUCUACUGGGUUGUUAUGCAGAACAAAUUGUCUACGGGAGAAAAAAUGUUAAAGUGGAAUGCAAAUGUUGAUCCGAUAUGGACUGUUCUGGCCAAAGGCAUCCUCAAGGAGAAAUUUACCACGAAUUGGGAGGACUUGAUACAUCUCACCCAAGCCGCAUCUCUCACAAUUGUGUCUCGAUUCGUGCUGCGGUAUACGAUUCAAGCUACAAUAUAUGGCAUCUGGCGAAAAAGAAACUCAAGGCGACACGGAGAAGACCCUUCACCUCCGGUGAAACUUAUAAAGAUGAUCGACAAAAGUGUGAGGAAUCGCUUAAACUCCAUCAAGCUUCAAGGAGAUAAAGACUAUGAAGAUGGUCUCCUCUUUUGGUUUGAUACGAGAGAUUAA